UGGCAGACGCUGCUUGCUCGGUUGUGAUGCAGUAACCUGCUGUACGUACACAUGUCUACUGGUGGCGCUGGACGCAGAUGCCGAAGAGGGUGUUGUCUACGUGAAACCACGACACUCAUGACAACCAAGGGCAUUUAACUGGAUAUUUAACAGAAUACCAGCAUAUGCUGAAAAGCAAGAGGAAGACGCCGAUGGUGCCACCAUUUGUUUCUCUACGGCAGACCAGCGCAUCUGGAGUGUUGUAGGAUGCAACGUGUUUUUUCAGCGAAACAAAGAUGAGUGUGACGUCAUGGUUCCUGGUGAGCAGCUCUGGUACCCGUCACCGUCUGCCGCGGGAGAUGAUUUUUGUUGGCCGGGAGGACUGCGAGCUCAUGCUCCAGUCUCGUAGUGUGGAUAAACAGCACGCUGUUAUCAACUACAAUCCUGCCACAGAUGAGCACCUGGUCAAGGAUCUGGGAAGUUUAAACGGGACCUUUGUGAAUGACCUGAGAAUUCCGGAUCAAACAUAUAUCACUCUCAAGCUGUCAGACGUUGUUCGGUUUGGAUAUGAUUCCCAUGUGUAUGUUCUUGAGAAAAGUCAACAUAAAGUCCCUGAAGAGGCACUUAAGCAUGAGAAAUACACCAUUCAGCUGCAGAUGGGUCUAAAAGCCACAGAGGGGAAACAACAGCAUGUGCAAGAAGAGAAGUCAAAGUUAGAGCGUUCUGAACGCAAAAGUGUCACUGAGGCACCUUCACUCCGGCCCACACCACUGUAUGGCCAGCCAUCAUGGUGGGGAGAAGAGGACUCUGUAAACAAGGGAACACACAAUGAAGUACGUCGGUCAGGUGACAACCAUUCAGAGGUCACUAAAGAGGGCCCGAUGGCUGAGGAUGAAUUCAACGGUUCCGUUCAGGAGAUCCGUGACAACCAGGCCAAGUCAGCCUUCCUGUACAACCGAGAGCACAGCUAUUUUGAAAUCCCUACAAAAGAGUCCACCGCGCACCCCAAGUCCCCGGCGGGAGACCUGAUCGACAUCCCAACCAAAGACACCAACGUUCCUCUGACAUCCACACCUCCAGUUGUCCAGAGUCAUGCUUCUUUCACUAUCGAGUUUGAUGACUGCAUGCCAGGCAAGAUUAAAAUCAAGGAUCACGUAACCAAGUUCUCGUCCCGGCAACGGAGCAAGCAGCAGCCCUCCAGUAAACCUCUGGGAGCCACACCUACAGAGGUUCUGUCAGCUGAGAGCAAAGUAGCGGAUUGGCUCGUGCAAAGUGAUGUCAGCAUGAUGUGCAGGCGGACACCUUGUGAGGAUGCGUACAGCACCAAAAGUGACUUGGCGAUGCACAUCAGGACACUCAAAGGUCACCAUCAUGAAGAUGGAACCCAGAGUGAUUCAGAAGAACCAGUAAUGAAAGACAAACGCAGCAAGUCUCAUAAUUCGGUGCAAUCCCAAUCAUCAGUACAGUCACAGCAAUCGGAGCGGUUAAAGACAUCUGAACCGUCUGAAUCAGUGCUGUCUCAGCAGUCCAUCCCAACGCAGAGAUCUUAUUACCCUCAGUCAGUCUCACCGCCCAAACACCCUCAAACAAAUCUUGAAGAAAGUGAGACCCAUCCCGUCCAAGAAGCCUCCUCUCCAUCCCAGGCAGAGGUUAAGCCCGUUCACCCUGAGCCACACACCCAACAGGCCUUCAUCAUUGAGUUCUUUGACGAUAACCCUAGAAAGAAGCGGUCGCAGUCCUUCACACACAACUCUGCCCAUGCUGACUCCUACUCUGCAUUGAAGGCCAAACUAGAAAGACGCAAAGCUCAUGGUGAAAGGCCAGCUUCUGUUCACGGGCACAUUCCUCCGACGCAGCAGAUCACUGUUCCGCUAAAAGGUUCCGGCCAUGGAGGUUCACAGAGGUCAAGCUCACUGAAGAGAGAUAAGACAGGAGACAGUGGAAGCAGCACGUCUCUUUCGGGGACCUCAUCUCGCUCUACACCAACCAUCACCAUCAAGCCUUUCGGAAGUGUGGGCAAGAAGUCCAAAAUAGCUCAAGAAUUUGCUGCAGUGUUCCUAAAGGAUACAGGAAAAACAUCCCCACCUCCCAUGUCUGCACCACCUGUAAUGUUGUCCCCAUCCCACGCUCAUUUACCCUCCCCAGUAGAGCCAUCUGGACCCUCAUCUGUAUCCUACCCAUCUUCACCGUCUCAGCUGCAGGCAUUAUCCCAGUCUCUUCUUCCAUCGUCUCCUCCGGUCUCUGUGCCUGAAAGGGGUGCAAUUUCUAAUGCCUCCCCAAUCUGCUCGGCCGGGUCAUUGGUGCCCCAGUUUUUUCAGCACGGAAUCAGCGGUGUGGACACUAAGGGCUCAAGAGUGUUACGAAAUGAGGAGGAGGAUAGUCUAAGUGAUGCUGGUACCUACACGAUUGAGACGGAGUCACAAGAUAAGGAAGUGGAGGAAGCAAGAAGCAUGAUUGACCAGGUGUUUGGAGUGUUAGAUGCGCCAGAAUACAGCGGUCAGGCCAUUGGAGUUUAUAGACCUGUGAUUGAUGAUGGGAAAGAUGAGCAGGCAUUCUUUGGUCAUAGCCAUGGUGUGACAGCUGAUGUAAUGUCGACAUCAUCACAUGGCCAUGGGGAGGACCAAGUCAGCUCACAGCAGGCACAUCCUGAUGCAGGAGGACCUAAAUGGGUCUCACGCUGGGCCAGCCUGGCGGACACUUACAGUGACUCACAAGGAUCCGUGGUCACUCCAUCCCAAGGCGUACUUACAGACAGAGAUGUCCGAGUGACAUUAAUGGUAAGUCAAAGCAUGGACAUCUCUGAAUCUGAGGGCAGUCAAGGUUCCAGGACAAGGAGACUACUUCCCCAGGUUCCACCUGGAGAAAAGCUUGAGAACACAACCCCUAGUAUCUUGAUCCGUCAUGAGACGCACAUGGACCAUGAGCCACCAGAGAGGGGUACCAGAGCACCACAGCAGCAGGACUGCACUCACAGGCUAUGUGUUCAAGAUGAUUUAGAGCCGGAUAGUCUGAGUGACACCAGCCGUUCAGAUGACAGCUCUAUCCUCGAUAGGAGUGGAAGAAGUCAAGGAAAGAAAGGAACGGUAGCACACUCGCCAUCUGAAGGUGCAAAUCAUUCCAAAACCUUAGAAAUGCCUGCGCCCACUCCCACUCCCAAACCCACAUCAUUUUAUAUUGGCUCUGAAGAUGGUUCAUACAGGUCGGAGGCAUCUAGAAGUCCUGUUCUUUCACAGUCCGAAAGAGACACUUCUCCCAAAAUGCCUCCGACCACUGUUUUGAUACGACAUCUGAGUGGCCAUGAGCCUAAGCGACCGGUGAAGCCCAACUCGUCAGCCCCAAAUCUUCAGACCCAUGACAGAGAUACUGUGCCCACCAAAGAGACCUCUACCUCCUUUGUUCGACAGGAGAGUUUUACCAAAGAUAGGCCAAGUGACAUCAUCCAAGUCAAGAAGCUGCCACAUAUUUCCAGUCACCCCGCUUUGAGAAGCCUGGAUUCAGGAGAACCUGUCCGAGAUACGUCACUCUUUUUUAAGGAAGCAGAAAGAUCACCGGAAGAGAAUUUACCUCGACGAUCCAGAAAGGGAAGCACUCCUGCACAAGACGACUCUCUCUCUGGUGAAUCAGAUGUUGACACUGCCAGUACUGUAAGCAUGGUCAGCAGUAAAAAUGCCCCUGUCAGUGCACCUAAGAAGCGCGCCGCUUCAAAUGAAAAACGCAAGGAUAAAGCGUCUACCAGUGCACAUGACAAAGGCAGACAACCCACGGCCCGCGAGCGACUGUCAGAAAAACGCAAAACUCAUUCCUCUGCAGACAAAGCUGAAACCAGCAAAGCUGAACAAGCUCGUCGCCUUCAACUUCGUCGCAGUGCUGGUAACCGUGGUUCCUUAGAUCUUUCGGAGAAUCAGCAUGGUCAACAGCAUUCUGAUCAUGAGUCAAGUUCAAGGCCCAAUGGUCGCAAGAAACUCACGACACCCUUGCAAAAGGAGGACCCCAAUAAAGUGGCGAAAGGCAACCAUCAGGUGUUGACCCGAUCCAAUAGCCUUUCAGCCCCGAGACCAACUCGUGCCUCCAUGCUCCGUCGAGCCCGGCUGGGUGACGCGUCUGACAAUGAGGGGGCAGAGACAGACCGUGCAUCCCAGAGCUCCGACCACACCAAGACUCCUAACGAAGGAAAGAAACUCUCGAGGCUCGACAUUCUUGCCAUGCCUCGGAAGCGGACUGGGUCCUUCACUGUUCCGAGUGACAACGAGUCUACUUCAAGCAAGCAUGGAAAUUCUAACCGUCCUGCUGAGGCAAGCAGUGCGAAAAAAGGAGCAUCGGGUGAGGUGAGACAGACUGCUGGGAAAGGAGCUUCAUUAACAGGAAAGCACUCCUCUGCUCGUACCCGUUCUAACCAGGUUAAACACAGUAGCACCGCUGGUUCCCAUCGCAGACAAAAGGAUUCAAACUAUUCCUCUACCUCAGAGGAGGAGUUUGAGACUAACUCCAACUCUAAACACAAACGCUCCCACUCCUCGGCGGCAACUCAGACUCAGACACCAAAGAAGAGCAUUCAAAUGAGGCUAAAAAGUGUCUCUUUGGAAACAGAAGAGGAUGAAGCUCAGAACGAACACUUCCAGAACUGGACUAAUCAUAGUGCAGAGAUUGCCAGGCUGAGUCAAGACCUGGCCAAAGAUCUUGCCAUCCUUGCACGUGAAAUCCAUGAUGUAGCAGGGGAUGGUGACUCCCAGACAUCAUCAGGCAUGGGAACUACCACCUCCCCAGGCUCCAUGCCCAAUACCCCUGCAUCCAAUAUCUCAACCAGAGAGGAGAGACCAUAUCCAUCAUUACAGAGGUUCCUGUCACCUCAGCUGGUACAGCACAUACCCGAGGCAAGUCUGAACUAUCAAAAGCUUCCACCAGGCUCAACUAGUCCAGUAGACCAGGAUUCAAAUAUGAACGACCAUGACAGUUCCAGACGGCGUCCCUGGAACCGUGAAGAGGUCAUUCUGGACAAUCUAAUGUUGAACCCCGUGUCGCAGCUCUCACAGGCUAUCAGAGAGAACACGGAGCAACUCGCAGAGAAAAUGAAAGUUAUGUUUCAUAACAAGACAGAUGUGUGGGAAGAAAUAGAGGCAAAAAUCAAUGCUGAAAAUGAGGUUCCCAUCCUUAAGACAUCCAACAAGGAAAUCUCCUCUAUUCUCCAGGAACUGAGAAGAGUCCAGCGACAACUUGAGGUGAUCAACACUAUUGUUGAACCUGGAGGAACCCUCAGAAUUCCCUCUGUGGCAACUUCUCCAGGGGGAAAGACCAAAUCUUCUUCCAAGGAGUUUACCAGCCCCUCUUCUACUAAUGCCAAUGCAAGUGUAAAGCGAGGUGCCCGCGGGUCUGAGGGAGGCCGAUAAGGAGUUUAAGCGUUGUUAUAACGAAUGCACAUCUUUUUAAAGCCUGCCAUCUUCACAGCGUCUUUGUUACAGUAUUGUGAGAGGAUUUGUGGUGCAAAUAUACGUCACGUGCUUUCUAUAAGACACCGUCGCGGCACAAGCUAAAAGUAGGCAACACUGUAUUUACAACAAUUGUAACCCGUGGCUUGCUUAGACCGUUGUUCUGUAUACCAUGGCUGAAUGAAUGAGUGGGUGCUGUGUCACAGUUUUCCUGUGCCAUGUCUGUUUUAAUUGUUUAAAAACCUUUGUAGCAUUUUCUUAAAGUACCAACUCCGACAUUAUGUGCACUUGGCUGCUACUGAUUCACAGCAUGAAGAAAACACCGCCCUUAAAUGCUUACCUUGUGAAAUUUGACUGAAUUUGUCAAGGGCACAGCACUUUGCAAAAACAAGCCCUUUAACCAUUAUUUUAAGUGGGGAAUGUUGUGAAAGAUUAGCACACUGCAAAAAAAUGAAUUUCUUACUUAUUAGUUUUGUCUUGUUUUUAAGAACAAACAUAUGCACAUUCUUAACCUUCCUGUUAUGUUUGGUGUUGGUAAAUGCUAAGUAAAGUGCGUGUAAAGAAUGAAAUAACAAUUCAAAUUUAAGUCAUUCAUUGUGUAUUAAAACAUUUGUGGGAUCAAUAUAACCUCAAAUAAUUAAUCAUAGCUCAAAUUUGCACAUAGGAUGGUUUAAUCAAGAUAGAUUUACUUGAGAAGCUAAAUGACUUAAGAUAUUAAAUAAUAUUCAAUUAUAUAUAUAUAUACACACUGUAUACUGUAUAUAGCCUACUGUGUGUGUAUAUCCAUGGGGGAAAAAAGGUUGAUUUUCAGUCAUUUUUUUAUAGUUGUGUGUUUAAGAGUAAUCAUAAUUUUGGUUUCAUUUUGUUAACAAGAGACGGUAUUUCUACCAAAUUACAAAUGAAAAUAUUGGGUUUUUUUGCAGAAUAUUGGGACAAACUGGCAAACAAAAUAUGAACAAGUUCUUAUUAAAACAAGUUAUUUUAGUUUACCAGAGUUCAAAUUUUGAAACGUUUCUGUUCAUUAUUGGAAAACCAUAAACUAAAUUAAAAAAUGAAAUGUAGCCUCAAAAAUAAACAAUGAAAUAAGUUUAUAGUAGGGAUGUAACGAUUCACCGUGAGCCGUUUGAAAAUCGGUUAUAACGAGUGACGAUUCAAAUCGGUUGAGGCUUGAACUGAAUCGCAAUACAUUUUUUGAACAGCAGGGGCCGCUAUUUUCACUGCAAACCUAAACGUGGACAUGCUGAUAUUUCUUAAAUGCAAAAAAAUCCAAGAAAAUCUCAGAAAGUAUUAGUUUGUUUAUAUUAAAGAGACUUUUUCUAUUAUUAAUUUGUUAUAAAAUUGCAGUUUAGUUUUGUUAUUUGAAAUAAAACAUUAUUUUAUUAUACAAAGAAACGUGAAGCAUUUAAGAAAUAAUGCAAGGGAAGUUGUUCAUUUCUAAUUUGUUUCAACUCAUUUUGUAAAAAUAAAUCGUGAAUAAAUCGCAUCGUGAGAUCAGAAUCGUGACUCGCAUCGCAUCGUGAGCUGAGUGAAUCGUUACAUCCCUAGUUUAUAGCACUAAAAUUAUUAUAAUAAACAAAAACUGAAAUAAAACUAAAAUAAAAAUUAAUUAAUCUUAUUUUACAGACGAAAACAUACACCAAAAUUGCUAAAACUUUAAGCUAAAAAUAAAAGCAAAUUUAAAAUAUGAAUAAAACUUAAAUCAAAACUAUAAUAACUGAAUGUUUUUAUUUUAGAAUCAGUUCGAAAAGGAGUAUAUGAUGGAAUGUUUUUUUCACGCCGCUAUAUAUUUAAAACUUAAUAUCUUAAGUAAUUUUGCUUCUGCAGUAAAUGUAUCUUACAGUAAGAAUAUUUGGAUAUUUGUACUGGAACACAAGACAAAAUACUGUGUAAGAAAUGAUUUCUUUGCAUUGUCUCUAAUGUGCCUCUGAGCAUAUGGCCACUACAGUAUAUUGCUGAAUUCCAGUACCGUUCGUACACAAGUUAAAGUAAUGUUAAAAUCUAAUCAACCUUUCGCAGAUUGUUUAAAUGGGCUAUGAGUGUAUUGUAAAAAUUGUUAGGCGAUUUAACAGGUCAGUGAACAGAAUUUGUUUGAACGUUCUCCCAUCACUGACAUAAUUCUGGUGUGUGUUGAUGUGUGUUGAGAGUGAUUUAUCCUGUGAUGCUGUGGAGUGUUGUUGCUGUGUGUUACAGGUAAAUAACGGGUUCCCUUCACCCUGCAAGAUUAUACUGUAUGCUGUUAUGAUUGUAUGCAACAAAGUGAUUGUUGUUAUUCAUUUUCAAUCACAAAGAGCUAUUUUUGGGUUUGAUUGUUGCCCUGCUUCACUCGAAGGAACAAAAAAACACAACUGGAUGUUAUCAGCUAGCGCUGUCUUGUUUGUAUUUCAGUCCUUUAUGCUUUAGAUUUUGUGAAUGUUUUGCAAGUAUCAGAGUGGUCAACGUUUAACCAGUGAAAAAGAUUUAUGUUGCACUAAAUAGUGUUAUUUAGGGAAUUUGAAAUAUCAGCAACAGUUUUCGUGACGUUAGUUUGAGCGCAGUAAAUACACGCCACCGGUAGGCCUACCACGGUAAUACAGAUAAGGAGGGCACAAAAAGAUACACUGCGUCACAAAAUGCAGUUGAAAACAUCUUUCUGUCCACCAGGGUCCCAUCAACAACACAUUAUUUCUCAGAAUCAAUCUGCACUAUAUGUUAGUAUUGUAAAAAAAACUGCUUCUUCUCAGUAAUUGUGACCUUUCAUAACAGCACUUUUUAUGUAGUACUGUUCAACAUGAGAUUGAAGAGUCUGUGCAAUCCUAUUAUCUCAGCUAAAUAUCUGCACUAAGAAAUGAUUGUAUACUAUAUAUAUUUUGUUUUUAGCAGUUGCUUUAGUUUUGGCUGGGUGUUCGGAUUGGUUCAAUGUGUGUGUAAACUGCAAACGAAAGACUUGUUUUAUGAAUACUGCAUGUCUGUCAUAUGUAAUGAAGGCGGGUCAAGACUAAGACAUGUUUACCGGCUGUGUGUUUGUUUAUGUAAAGAGCGGUACGUUGACAUUUAUAAGGCCUAGUAAAUACAGAAACAAAUAGGUCGACAGUGCAAAUGUGAGUUUUGUGCAGGCGCACCAUGCUCUCCGUAUGUAUCUCUGCAGUUAUUGUACAGUUUUCUUUGCAUCGUCAUCAGUAUCAGGCCUGUAAAUUCAUUGCCAGCAUCUAUCUGAUGUAUCUAUAUUCAAAGGUUUUCAUCUUGUACAUCUCAUCUCGUUUUUCUCAUUUCUAUACUGUUUAAAACACUUUAAAGGUUUGCGUACAGCUGAAAAUCCAAAUCCAACUGAUUUUGCUGAACACUGUUUAUUUGCAUUUUUUAUUUUUUUACGUGUAGUUGCUUUUAUUAAUAAACUACAGAAUGUCUUAUGUAAAUCAAUGCACCAUACAAAGUGUAUUACAUUUUUCAUCACAUUUGUAAUAAAUUGAUUUGA